UUUAAUUGUAUGCAGUAUUGAUAUGACUCAUGAUUAAAGUUUACUAGAUAAUAAUCUUAUUUUUAUUAUUUUAUCAAUAAGUGUGUUGGAGAACGGUUGUUAUUGUGCGUAUAUAUUUCAUUCCUACACUUUAAAUCGAGAAAUACGUACUAAUACUUUUAUUUUGUUGAAAGUUUAGUGUAAAACUAAUUAAAAUUUUAAAAAAAUGACUGAGUGUAAAGUGUGGUUAGAUAAUUACCAUGGUGGUUACUAUUAUCCAGGGAAUCAAAUACAGGGUAGAGUUGUGAUUACUGUUAGCACGGAAACUAAAAUCAGAAAAAUUAAACUAACACUAAAAGGAGACGAACAUACAGAAUGGAUGGGAACUGAAAGGACAACAAGACAUAACAGACAUGCUAGAGACCGACGUUCAAGAUCAAGAACUGUACUGAAAACCGGGAACCACAAUUUUAUGCAUACUGACAUAAUAUUAAUUGGAAAUGAUCAUUCGGGUACAAUCACAAUACCGGCUGGUCAGCAUAUAUAUCCUUUUACUUUGACACUGCCUUACAAUAUUCCUGGAACAUACAACGGCGAAUAUGGAUCCGUAUCAUAUAGACUGAAAGCAGUUGUAGAUCGACCGAUGGCUUUCGAUUACAAAGAUUCAUUAAUGUUUGUUGUUGCAACAUUAGUUGACUUGAAUGCAUCACGAGGACUUGAAUUAUUGGAACCAACUUCUUAUUCUAAGAACAAAACGCUUUACUGCUGUUGUUGGUCUAGAGGACACAUUGAAAUGGAUGUUCAUUUACCAAAAAAAUCUCUUACACCACAAGACAAUGUUAAAGUAUCAGUGAGAAUCAGCAACUUAUCAAGGAAUAACAUUGAGAGUGUGGAAUUGAAAUUAAAACAGCGCAUCACUUGCAAGGUAGAUGACUCUUCAGAACCAAAUAAAACAAUUUCUAAUAAGCUGUUGCACGUAAAAGAAGGAGGUAUUGGAUCAAAUGGGCAACAUACCUACACCUUGCCAGUAAAAUUGCCUGCGAAUAUUGUAAUACCGAAUUUCUCAAUGUGUAAACUGUUCAAAGUGACUUAUUCUUAUUCGGUUGUGGCUAAACUUCCAGGGCCUCAUAUCAAUCUAAAAGUUGAAAUGUUCCCGGAAUUAGGCCAUAUAGACAUAGGACAAAAUUUACAAAGAGACCACUCUUAUCCGCCAAUAUCAUGUGUAGAACAAGCUUCUACUAAUUACGGAUUUCAAGGAGACGUAUCUCGACAACCAUAUUUGAUAUCUUCAAUAGAUAGCAAUAAUUUUACAAUGGUUCAAUCAACAGUAGAUCAAUCGGACAGUGCUCGGAUAAUAGAAAAUGAUUUGCCGCCUCCUUAUGACAGUGUUGUACCACCAAUAAAGGAUUGAUUAUAUGGUAAUAAGAUUAUAAUAUGUUGUGUCAAAGACAAACCUAGAUUACCUAGAGUUAAUGACCUACUACAUGUCUCAUCAUAGUUUACUCUUUGUUAAACUAAAAUUGUUAGUUCGAGAUAACAAUGUUAAUAAUAUUGUUAAAUGAGCAUCAACAAAUUCUAUUAAAAGUAUUUUUUAUUAUAA